AAAGAGAGUGUGACGCUCUCUUGUCAGCUGCUCUCUUUUAAACAGCACCUUUCACUCUUCGGUCAUUGAAUACUUUAGGAAAAUGGCUGCACUGAUCAGGAGGAUCAUCACUACAGCUAAAGCCCCGGCUGCGAUCGGCCCCUACAGCCAAGCAGUGGUGGUUGAUCGGACCGUGUUCGUAUCGGGGCAGCUGGGGAUGGAUCCUGCCAGUGGACAGCUGGUGGCAGGUGGAGUUCAGGCCCAGACCAGACAGGCUCUUGUGAAUAUGGGUGAAAUUCUUAAAGCUGCUGGCUGCAGCUAUGGGAACGUUGUCAAAACCACCGUACUGUUAGCCAACAUGAACGACUUUGUAAAUGUGAACGAUGUUUACAAGCAGUUUUUCAGUACCAACUUCCCAGCCCGAGCCGCCUAUCAGGUAGCAGCACUUCCCAGAGGUGGACUGGUGGAGAUUGAAGCAGUCGCUGUUUUGGGCCCUCUGAACGAUACUACUUAAAAAAACACAUCGAUGUUUUUAUAAAACAACACAGUAGCAAUUUGUGAUGCUUUGCGACCCAGGAAAGAGCUGAUCAAAUAACCCCUAUGUACAGCACCCUCAACAUUUAUUGGUUUCUCCUGGUAAUGAUGUGUAAAACGCCUUGAAAUGAAUGAAUCUUUUAUUUCAGUAAAAGAAAUAAAAACUUGCCACUGUGACGUCUCAGGUUCUCCAGACACUGUGACUUAACAUCCUCCUCAAUGUUCUUGGUGGCAACAUAAACUGAGGUCCUUUCAUGGUCUUCUUUGUUGGUCCCUGUGUUAACCUAUUGUAUGUUUGUAGGUAUCUAGCUGGGAAUCUUGCUGUCUAGCUGGGAAUCUUGCUGUCUAGCUGGGUAUCUUGGUGUCUAGCUGGGAAUCUUGCUGUCUAGCUGGGUAUCUUGCUGUCUAGCUGGGAAUCUUGCUGUCUAGCUGGGUAUCUUGCUGUCUAGCUGGGAAUCUUGCUGUCUAGCUGGGUAUCUUGCUGUCUAGCUGGGUAUCUUGCUGUCUAGCUGGGUAUCUUGCUGUCUAGCUGGGAAUCUUGCUGUCUAGCUGGGAAUCUUGCUGUCUAGCUGGGUAUCUUGCUGUCUAGCUGGGAAUCUUGCUGUCUAGCUGGGUAUCUUGCUGUCUAGCUGGGUAUCUUGCUGUCUAGCUGGGUAUCUUGCUGUCUAGCUGGGAAUCUUGCUGUCUAGCUGGGUAUCUUGCUGUCUAGCUGGGAAUCUUGCUGUCUAGCUGGGUAUCUUGCUGUCUAGCUGGGAAUCUUGCUGUCUAGCUGGGUAUCUUGCUGUCUAGCUGGGUAUCUUGCUGUCUAGCUGGGUAUCUUGCUGUCUAGCUGGGAAUCUUGCUGUCUAGCUGGGUAUCUUGCUGUCUAGCUGGGUAUCUUGCUGUCUAGCUGGGGUUCUUGCUAUCCGGUUAUUGAGCUGUCUUCUUUUAUCUUCCCCAUCUUGAAGAGAGGCAAAGAGAAUUAGGUCUCUGAGUCACUUAACUCCAUGUUCAACUUAAAACAGUAGGGUUGGCCUUAAAAAAAUCACUCAUGUUUAUGCCUAAGGAUUUUAUUUUUAUUUUUUGAUGGGGAUAAGGGCAAAUUUUUGUGUUAAUACAAUUAAAACAAUGGACUUCCAUACUAAAAGUUAGGUUAUCCUUAAAUAGUCUGUGUAACUAAUAUUUCAGGCAUUUUACACCAGAGGUUCCAGUGGAUGUGCAGGGUGUUGUGUAUUAGUCUAAUAAAAGGCCAGUAAGUGAUUUGUUUCUGUUUUCCUGAUGUCGCUGCCUCACAGUCUAGCAUCACCCAAGCUUGAAGCACUUUCACCUCAUUAACAUUGAUGAGACGCCGUGUUUAGAGACAACAUUGGAUCUUCAGUUCCUACGGAUCAACUUUCACUUACAAUAGUUGUUAAGCAUCUAACCUUGUCUGUGGCUUGAAUUUCACCACCGCCCUUCAUUGUCACCAGUUUUACCCAUGGCAUAAUGUAUAUCCUCAUUCAUUAUUGAUGUUCACAUAUAACUCAGAAAUAAACGCUCCUUAACUGUU